UUCCAGUUUGGACUAACAAAACAGUGUCCAACUCUCACACAGUUAUCUCCUUCACCUUAGAGUCGUAGACUCGUAGUUGCGUUUUCACUUUUCACUCCGUUGCAUUUCCUCAGAUUUCAUGGCCAACAAGCUUUCCAAUGAGGAUAUUCUUCAGCAGCUGAGAAAUGGGACUGCAAAAUUUGAGCUUGUUUCUUCCCCGGUUCCUUCAGUUGUUGCUCUUCCUAACCGGAACACAAGCUUAUUUGGAAUUGGGAAUUGUAGCACUCUCUUUUUCGCUAGAAUUGGGUCAUCAUUUGGUGGACAGUCUCCAGCAAUGAAGAAACUUGAGCGUUUUUCAGUUCAGAAGGUUACAGGGGAUGGGCGGUGUCUGUUUCGUGCACUGGUCAAAGGAAUGGCUUACAAUAAGGGAAUUGCUCUUAACCAACGGGAAGAGAGAGAAAAUGCAGAUGAAUUAAGAAUGGCUGUGAAAGAAACUAUAUGUGAAAAUGGUGGAGAACGUAAACUAUAUGAAGAAGCCCUCAUUGCCAUCACAGUCGAUGAGACUCUACAACGUUACUGCCAACGGAUUGUGCGACCUGAUUUCUGGGGAGGAGAAUCGGAGCUACUGGUACUAUCAAAGUUAUGCAAGCAACCAAUUAUUGUGUACAUACCAGAACAUGAGCAUAGCGGCAGUGGUUUGGGAUCUGGUUUCAUUCCCAUUGCAGAGUAUGGAAGUGACUUUAGAAAGGGCUCUAGAAGAAAAGCUGUGAGGCUAUUGUUCAGCGGUAAGAACCAUUAUGAUCUUCUGGUAUGAGGAACUGCAUGGACGAAGGAGAAAAA